CCCCCCCCCCCCCCAAAAAACAAUUCUGUUUGAAAGACGCCGUUAAGUCAGGCCGAAAGCAGGAGCAGCACCAACAACAAAAAAGGAAGAGGCGGGCAACGCUCUCUGCUGUUUGUUCUGGUGGAAGAAGCGGUUUAUUUUUGGAAGAGUGGUCCGGUACAACUUAAACAAAAGGUGUUGCAAUUAAUCUGUUUUGGGACGCCCUCCCCGGUUCGAGAAGGAAACCUCUCCUAAGCUGGCAGUGCAGAAUUAAGCACAAGAGAUUUCCAGAAAACGUCUAAGCCAGUUGUGGAUCUAAUGUCUAGCAUCUAACGGGUUUCUUCUUCAGAGCACUGUACACAGGGUUGCCUGAUUAGCCACCAGGCAAGAACCUCUGCAGGAUUAUGGAUGAUUAUGAUGUAAGAUCUGCUGCUAGCAUUCUAGCUUCAGUUAAAGAACAGGAGGCCCGGUUUGAAAAGUUGACCAGAGCGCUUGAGGAAGAGCGUCGCAAUGUUUCCAUGCAACUUGAACGUGUCACUGUUCCCUCAGAAAGAUCGAGUAUAUCCAACAUGGACAACAAUGAGUCAUUUGCAUGGCAGCAGCUAGUUUUACAGGAACAAAGCCCCAGUAAUCUAACUUCAAAGAAAACGAUGCAGGAGCCGCAGGAGUUGGUGGAAGAAACUGUUACAGUUGAAGAGGACCCAGGCACUCCCACCUCUCAUGUAUCUGUGGUAACAUCAGAUGAUGGAACUAUAAGACGGACUGAAACAAAGGUUACUAAAGUGGUUAAAACUGUGACAACUCGAACCGUUCGGCAGGUGCCACUUGGGCCAGAUGGAUUGCCUGCAGAGGGGUCUUCUCCUGCUGGCAGUUGUACAGAUUCUAUUGACAGAAGAUACAUGAAAAAUGGAGACCGUUAUAUUACACCACAAGCAAAUUCUACUUUAACCAGAGGCUAUACCAACUAUCCCGAUGCAUACGAGAAUCGCCAUGAUAUGUACCGUUCAUACACUGGUCAGGAUGGAUUUGCUGAUGUAUCUGAUAACUAUGGAAGCCUAUCACGAGGUGUACAUUACCGCCCACGCUAUGCUUUUGUGCCACGAGACAACUAUAGGCCAGAUGAGAAUUACACAUUGCUGGGUAGAAACAAGUAUGCUGUUGCCCAACCGCAAGUGCAGCCAGAUGGCAGUGUUGACCUGAGCCGAUCUCAACCAGAGCGUUUCCAACCAGAACCUUAUGGACUUGAAGAUGACCACAGAAGUCUAGGACCCGAUGAUGAUGGAUAUGAAUUAGAUGGGGAGCCAGAACCUGAUUAUUCCACCGCAAGUCGAAGGGUGCCGACACGAGCUAAUGGAAGAAGACCAAGGAGAGGUUACGAAGAUCCUAUUGAAGCAGAGAUCAUUGAAGAUCGGAUUCCAUAUCUGCCAGGAGUGUACAAUGCGCCACUAGCUCAGCCAGAAAGGGGAAGCAUGGCCAGCCUAGACCGACUUGGAAGACACUCACCAUCAAUAGACAGCAUCCGGAAAGACCCUAGGUGGCGGGACCCUGAUCUUCCAGAGGUUAUUGCAAUGCUCAGUCAUCACCUUGACCCUGUUAAGUCAAAUGCUGCUGCCUACCUGCAGCAUUUGUGCUACGAAAAUGACAAAAUUAAAAAGGAAGUUCGGCAAUUGAAGGGUAUACCUAUUUUGGUUGGACUUCUGGAUCAUCCAAAACCAGAUGUCCAUCGGAGAGCCUGUGGUGCUCUGAGAAAUAUCUCGUAUGGUAAAGAUCAUGACAGUAAAGUUGCAAUUAAGAAUUGUGAUGGAAUUCCUGCUCUCAUUCGAUUGCUCAGGAAGACCAAUGACAUGGAAGUCAGAGAACUAAUUACAGGUACAUUGUGGAAUUUAUCAUCAUAUGAACCACUGAAAAUUGUGAUUAUCAAUCAUGGCCUUCAGACUCUAACAAAUGAGGUCAUUAUUCCUCAUUCGGGAUGGGAGAAUGAGCCCAAUGAGGAUUCUAAGCCACGUGAUGCUGAAUGGACAACAGUCUUCAAAAACACAUCUGGAUGUCUAAGAAAUGUUAGUUCCGAUGGAAGUGACGCCCGUAGAAGACUCCGGGAAUGCGAGGGCUUGGUAGAUGCACUCCUGCACGCACUGCAAUCAGCAGUGGGCAAGAAAGACAUGGACCGAAAGUCAGUUGAGAAUUGUGUAUGCAUUAUGAGAAACCUCUCCUAUCAAGUGCAUAGAGAAGUACCUGGAGCUGAUAAAUUCAGAGAACCAGUAACUGACCAACAAACUGGAACAGGAAGCGCUCAGAAGAAGAAAAAAGAUGAUUCUGGUUGCUUUGGUGGAAAGAAGGCAAAAGAGGAAUGGUUUAAUCAAGGUAAAAGAAAUGCAGAUGCUGACAAAAAUUUUGAUACUUUGGACUUGCCAAAGCGUACAGAACCAGUGCAAGGCUAUGAGCUCCUCUACCAGCCCGAGGUGGUUCGACUCUACUUGUCCUUGCUCACAGAAAGUCGAAAUUACAACACGUUGGAGGCAGCAGCAGGUGCUCUCCAGAACCUAAGUGCUGGGCAGUGGACGUGGUCCAAUUACAUUCGUUCAACUGUGCGGAAAGAAAAAGGCCUCCCUAUUUUGGUAGAGCUGCUGAGAUCAGAUUCUGAUAAAGUUGUACGAGCUGUGGCAAUCGCAUUACGAAAUCUUUCUGUGGAUGGGCGCAAUAAGGACCUCAUUGGUAAUUAUGCGAUGCAUGAUUUGGUAAGUAAUCUAACAGGUGGUCAACAAAGACCUGCCAAGAACCUUGAAGAAGACACAAUAGUUGCAAUACUCAACACUAUCCAUGAAAUUGUUACUGACAGUUCAUCAAAUGCCAGAUCCUUGAUUCAAGCACAGGGCAUUGAGAAGCUUGUUGCAAUCAACAAAUCCAGCCAGUCAGUAAGGGAGAUGAAAGCUGCAGCUCAUGUUUUGCAAACAGUUUGGAGUUACAAAGAGUUGAGAAAUGCAUUGCAUAAAGACGGCUGGAACAAGUCCCAUUUUCAGCCUAAUGUGACUACACUUCCCAAGGGAUCCAAGAGUGGUAGCAAAGCAAUUGGCUAUGAUGACAGCACUCUCCCAUUAAUUGAAAGGAACCAGAAAGAUGGUAAUAAAUGGUCUGGCGAAAUGAUUCCCAUGGAACAGUUUGGCCCAGAUACUUACUCUACCUUGGAUCAGAGGGAGAAAGAGCGCAAGUGUAAGACUAUGGAUGUUUCUGCAGAUGCUUUUGAACAGCAACCUUUGCGGAAUGAUUCAAAUAAGAAAAACAUUAACAGGAUUAGUAGGGCCUCAGUGAAUCUUGUGGAUGCUAAUGACACAAAACCUCAACCUGUUGACUCCUGGGUCUAAGCGCCUGCAUGGCAUGAAAUGCAGAAGUUACUGAACAUGACAGAGGAUCUCAUUAUCACUACUGCCAUUAGAUUCGGAGGACCUCAUUUGUGGAAGCUGUCAACUAAAUUUAACAUGGAGAAAGAAGUCCCAUCAGUCAAACCAUUACAUAACCACAACUUUCAGGGAGAUGGGUGGGGAAGUGAGGGGAUUAAAAAGUCACAAGUUAAUCUCUCCAAAUGUAGCAGCCCUUCAGCCUAAUAUUUAGUUUUUGUCUGGUUGAUUAGAUUUCUUUUGAAAUCUUUGCAAUGACUGGUAUGAAGGUUGAUAAGAGAAUGUUGUAUGUUGAAGGGAAAGGAAGCCAAGAAGGUCUUUUUUUUAAAAAAAAAAUUACUUUAAGAACUGGUUCCAAAGUAUUUCAGUUUUUCACCAUAAUGAAAAGCAUGGACCACAACUUUGCUAGCACUUCUCUUUCUGAGCUGUGAAAACCAAGUCUAAAUCUGAUUUCAUUUUAUUAUGGAUUUUGUGUUUUGAGUGAAUAGAUGAGAUAAAUAUAAAGAUGCUGCUGGAUUAAAGGAUAUGGACAAAGAAGGUUGAAACAGGGCUUGAUAGAAGAAGACUUUGAAGUUGAUCAGUGAAAUAAGCUCAACUUGCUGGGUUUAUUGAAUUGGUGUAAUUAUGUAGUUUUAACUGAGGUGUUACACGUUCCAUGAAGAAAAUACAAAAUAUUUCAGUAGAUUUUGGCAGAAUAGUUCCAAGUUAUUUAAAUGCAGAUGAAAAUUUUACUGAUCAGAUGAUACUUAACUCCUUUUUGCCAUUUUGUAUAUUUAACCUGUUCCAUUUUGGAUUUUAUUGAUUGUGGAAUGCUGACUUAACAUUAUUGGGAUGCUUUGCAGCUUAUGGCACACUUCAGUUUUUGUACAUUCAAAGCCAGCAUGAAAAAGGUGACAUUGGUCUUUAUAAGGAAGAAGCAAAAACAGGCGUGUCCUCUCCUUCCACUUCCACUCUGCCUGCCCCACCCACCAAAACCACCCCAAGUCAAAUAAUUCAAGGUGCUGAUCCAGUGCGACAAGUUUGUCUUUGUAUUUUGAACUGUUGUACGUCUUUUUACACGAAAAAAAAUUUUGUUGUGUGAAGUUCCAGUUGACUUUUACUUAUUGCAAUUGAGUUACAGACUGAAUUUUCAACCUGAUGCCUGGAAUACGCAUUUUAAAACACUGAUGUUUUUCUUCAAGUGCUUCCAAGUUAGUGGAAGAGUUGAAUUUAUUUUGCUUAAAUAAUAUCUGGCAUGUACAGUAUAUAUCCAUCAUGUCUAACAAUCUUGGUUAGUUCAACUUUUACAAUGUCUUUUUGUAGCAGAGUUGUAUCUUAUUACUUUUCCUUUGGUUUGGGUUGGGGGUGGGUUGGAUUGAUUCUGAAGCAAUGCUUUUCUUCAAAUACUAAAGUACCUGAAAGAUGAACUAGAAUACUUCAGUUGCCAAAACAGUGUCAUUGGAUGGUAUGAACACAAAAUUUGCUGUUAAUUCUUGUUUGUUGCCAAAGGGUUGGAAAAUAGAGAUACCCAAGUACAGCAGCUGUUCGUGACCUUUAAUUAUUUUUCUUCGGUGUAGUAUGUGCUGCAGAUGACUGCUUUGAAGAAACAACAAGCAAGAUCUACCAUUCUGGUUGUAGAUAUUACUGUUCAGAUAUCUCAAAUCUUCUGAUUAUUAGUGGCAAUUGUGUUUGUACUAUCAUGUGCCUUAAACUUUUCAUGGUAGGAAAAGAUAAUGUGUUUUUAUAUAUAAUAUAUAUAUUACUCUUAGCCUAACUGUAGUUUAUACCGGUGGGUUUUGCAUUGCAUUGCAUUACACUGUAUUAUAAAUUACACUUAACAAUGACUUAUGCUUUCAUAGAACUAUGCUACAGUGACCGAAUGUAUUAUGUUCAAUUUCACUAAUAUCCUGCAGCAGGUAGAAAGCUUGUUAAACCAGGUUUGUAGAAUUAUCAACUUGGUGUGUUUUCAAUAAACAAUGCCUGAAUAUG